CGGCUCAUGGCCGUGCACAUCUCCGGCGAGCUCGUGCCCAUGCUCAAGGACGCCGGCGCGCUCUGGCUGUGAGACAAAUCGGAGACGCAUAUACGGGACGGGCCUUCUGAUUGGGAGUUCGUAGUUAGCAAUCUUUUCUCCCUGUUUUCAUUUCUCCUUUUGACUCUUGGGAUCAAUCAGUAAUGGUGAUGCUAUUAGGGAUAGUUAGCUAGUCGAUGAUAAUUUUAAAUUCUUUCAAGUGAAUUUAGUUUCGACCACACACGCCUGUAAAUAGAUCGACGAGUGAAGAUAGAUGUACUGUACUGGAGUAUUUAGCACUGUAUGUAAAUGAUGUUCGUUCCAAUUGUACAGCAGCUAGCUUUGCAUGGUUC